UGAGGUAAGGGGAAACAGAGAGAGACAGUCAGAACAUUAUAAGUCGAAAAGAAUCUCAGCAUUCUUAGUUUAGGGAAGUUGGCCUUGCUCGCUGUGUGGUAGAAAAGCUGAUUAUGCGAGAGAACCGUGGAGGGAAGGAAGGGAGGCAGUUUUGUCAUCCCCACAUCCGGUUUUGACUGGACACCAUGCAGGCUGAGAUCAACUUCAGAGGCAGUCAGCUGGAAUCCCUUAGCUUUAUUUGCCCAUUUAUUGUGUUGUUAUUUUGUUGUUGUCAUUACUGGAAAAGGCAAGAGUAGAGCCAUCAGAAUGUCUUCCUUGAACAUGCUGUCAAUAAACCCCAGGAUUUUUAUAAACCCUAAGUGAAAAUCACGCUAAGAAUCUCUUUUCUUCUUAGCAUAUUUUUCACUUAGGGUUUACAAAAAUAUGUUUUGAAGAAAGCUUGAAAAGAUCAGUGGAAAAAAAUUCAGCACCAAAUUUUCUCUGAAAAUCAACUUGUCAAAAAAGACGUGAUUAACAUCCAUCCUGUAACCAGCACAUGAAUGAUCUUCCCUCUUUACGAGUGUGCUUCAGCAAAACUUUAAUCUCGAACCCUCUCUCUUUCCACUUUUAAUAGUGGAUGGAUGAAAAGGCAAGAGGAAAAACAAAGCAGCCGAAACACACCCUGACGCACACUUCUGCCAAGCAUAGCCACCACGACUGCCAAAUGGAACAGACAAGCAGGUUGUCUUGGGUCUUCAUGAACACUAAUAGGGGUACCAGGCCCUCUUCCUCGUUAGAAGAAAUCAGGAUAACAAAGGCAUAUUGGGCACCCCUACAAAAGGAAUCUGUAUCUGUAUCAAGAUGAUCUGAAGAACAGCUUCUACCUUUAGGAAUGUCUAGUGUUCCAAAAUGACUAGCAUCUUCCAUUUUGCCAUUAUCUUCAUGUUAAUACUUCAGAUCAGAAUACAAUUAUCUGAAGAAAGUGAAUUUUUAGUUGAUAGGUCAAAAAACGGUCUCAUCCGCGUUCCUAAAGACCUAUCCCAGAAAACAACAAUCUUAAAUAUAUCACAAAAUUAUAUAUCUGAGCUUUGGACUUCUGACAUCUUAUCACUGUCAAAACUGAGGAUUUUGAUAAUUUCUCAUAAUAGAAUCCAGUAUCUUGAUAUCAGUGUUUUCAGAUUCAACCAGGAAUUGGAAUACUUGGAUUUGUCCCACAACAAGUUGGCGAAGAUUUCUUGCCACCCUACUGUGAACCUCAAGCACUUGGACCUGUCAUUUAAUGCAUUUGAUGCCCUGCCUAUAUGCAAAGAGUUUGGCAAUAUGUCUCAACUAAAAUUUCUGGGGUUGAGCACCACACACUUAGAAAAAUCUAGUGUGCUGCCAAUUGCUCAUUUGAAUAUCAGCAAGGUCUUGCUGGUCUUAGGAGAGACUUAUGGGGAAAAAGAAGACCCUGAGGGCCUUCAAGACUUUAACACUGAGAGUCUGCACAUUGUGUUCCCCACAAACAAAGAAUUCCAUUUUAUUUUGGAUGUGUCAGUCAAGACUGUAGCAAAUCUGGAACUAUCUAAUAUCAAAUGUGUGCUAGAAGAUAACAAAUGUUCUUACUUCCUAAGUAUUCUGGCAAAACUUCAAACAAAUCCAAAGUUAUCAAGUCUUACCUUAAACAACAUUGAAACAACUUGGAAUUCUUUCUUUAGGAUCCUCCAGCUGGUUUGGCAUACAACCGUAUGGUAUUUCUCAAUUUCAAACGUGAAGCUACAGGGUCAGCUGGACUUCAGAGAUUUUGAUUAUUCUGGCACUUCCUUGAAGGCCUUGUCUAUACACCAAGUUGUCAGCGAUGUGUUCAGUUUUCCACAAAGUGAUAUCUAUGAAAUCUUUUCGAAUAUGAACAUCAAAAAUUUCACAGUGUCUGGUACACCUAUGGUCCACAUGCUUUGCCCAUCCAAAAUUAGCCCGUUCCUGCAUUUGGAUUUUUCCAAUAAUCUCUUAACAGACACGGUUUUUGAAAAUUGUGGGCACCUUACUGAGUUGGAGACACUUAUUUUACAAAUGAAUCAAUUAAAAGAACUUUCAAAAAUAGCUGAAAUGACUACACAGAUGAAGUCUCUGCAACAAUUGGAUAUUAGCCAGAAUUCUGUAAGCUAUGAUGAAAAGAAAGGAGACUGUUCUUGGACUAAAAGUUUAUUAAGUUUAAAUAUGUCUUCAAAUAUACUUACUGACACUAUUUUCAGAUGUUUACCUCCCAGGAUCAAGGUACUUGAUCUUCACAGCAAUAAAAUAAAGAGCGUUCCUAAACAAGUCGUAAAACUGGAAGCUUUGCAAGAACUCAAUGUUGCUUUCAAUUCUUUAACUGACCUUCCUGGAUGUGGCAGCUUUAGCAGCCUUUCUGUAUUGAUCAUUGAUCACAAUUCAGUUUCCCACCCAUCAGCUGAUUUCUUCCAGAGCUGCCAGAAGGUGAGGUCAAUAAAAGCAGGGGACAAUCCAUUCCAAUGUACCUGUGAGCUAAGAGAAUUUGUCAAAAAUAUAGACCAAGCAUCAAGCGAAGUGGUAGAGGGCUGGCCUGAUUCUUAUAAGUGUGACUACCCAGAAAGUUAUAGAGGAACCCUACUAAAGGACUUUCACAUGUCUGAAUUAUCCUGCAACAUAACUCUGCUGAUCAUCACCAUCGGUGCCACCAUGCUGGUGUUGGCUGUGACUGUGACCUCCCUCUGCAUCUACUUGGAUCUGCCCUGGUAUCUCAGGAUGGUGUGCCAGUGGACCCAGACUCGGCGCAGGGCCAGGAACAUACCCUUAGAAGAACUCCAGAGAAAUCUCCAGUUUCAUGCUUUUAUUUCAUAUAGUGGGCACGAUUCUUUCUGGGUGAAGAAUGAAUUAUUACCAAACCUAGAGAAAGAAGGUAUGCAGAUUUGCCUUCAUGAGAGAAACUUUGUUCCUGGCAAGAGCAUUGUGGAAAAUAUCAUCACCUGCAUUGAGAAGAGUUACAAGUCCAUCUUUGUUUUGUCUCCCAACUUUGUCCAGAGUGAAUGGUGCCAUUAUGAACUCUACUUUGCCCAUCACAAUCUCUUUCAUGAAGGAUCUAAUAACUUAAUCCUGAUCUUGCUGGAACCCAUUCCGCAGUACUCCAUUCCUAGCAGUUAUCACAAGCUCAAAAGUCUCAUGGCCAGGAGGACUUAUUUGGAAUGGCCCAAGGAAAAGAGCAAACGUGGGCUUUUUUGGGCUAACUUAAGGGCAGCCAUUAAUAUUAAGCUGACAGAGCAAGCAAAGAAAUAGAUUACACAUCAAGUGAAAAAUAUUCCUCCUGUUGAUGUUGCUGCUUUUGGAAGUUCCAACAAUGACUUUAUUUUGCAUCAGCAUAAAUGUAAACACAAUUGUGAGUGUAUGAUGUAGGUAAAAAUAUAUACCUUCGGGCCCCAGUUCACCAUUUAUAUGUGGUAUUAAAAAUUAAUGAAACGAUAUAA